GUGCUGUGGCUCCUUCAAACCUUAUGGUGCCUCCGACAAUGGCGAAAAGAGCUUAAGAGGGGGCUGCCAAUGUCUUCAUUGGCCGCAUGGAUAAGAAAAUGGAGGACGAUGAUGUCGCUAAUGCUCAUCCAUUUCUUAGAUACAUAGAAAAACAGUGGCAUGAAUCUUGGGAGAUUUUGAUGAGGGGGUUUAAAGGUUUUAGCAGCUGCUCGUGGGCAAUGCAGCAACACCAGGAGUGGGCGGGGCUCCGGUCGUGGAGGUCCCCGGCGGCGCCACCCAAUGAGCGGCGCCGCUGGGGGGAUGCCGGCCCUGAGAUGGUGGCGACUCCCUUAGAUCACGCUGGUUCUUUCUCUCCUCCCCCUCGCAGCCUCGCGGAAUGGGGCGCCUUGAUCCUCGCCACCCCUCGUCCACUCUCCAAAGCCCACUUGACGCACCACGCUUACAAGCUUUGGUGCAGUGGUGCUCUUCCGAUUGGUGUAGCGGCCGCCAUGGAUUCUCCCGCAAGGCCAGAGAAGCCUCAGCUGGUGCAUCCAAGGAGAGUUCCAACAGCCAAAGUUCUGGGGAUAUCUCCCAGCGUUCAUAUGAUCCAUAACUUGGCACACAUCGAGCUCAACGCUGUGGAUCUUGCAUGGGACACUGUGGUGCGCUUCUCGGCGUCGGGUGGCGAGCUCGAUUCGCAGUUUUUCGCGGAUUUUGCUCACGUUGCGGACGACGAGAGCCGGCAUUUCUGCUGGUGCGAGCAGCAAUUGAACGAGCUUGGUUCCAGUUAUGGAGAUGUUCCAGCGCACAAUUUGCUCUGGAAGGAUUGCCAGAAAACUUCUGCAAGCGUGGAUGCUCGUCUCGCAGUUAUUCCAAUGGUCCAGGAAGCUCGGGGUUUGGACGCUGGGCCGAGGCUGGUGGAAAGACUGAAGCAGCUCGGUGAUGAUAGAAGUGCCAAUAUUGUGGAACAAAUCUCCCAGGAAGAGCUUGCGCAUGUCGCUGUUGGUGUCUCGUGGUUCCUGGAUGUUUGCAGGAGACUAGAGUGCGAUCCAGCCGCGAGGUUUAAAGAGUUAAUGACGAGCUUGAACGUGGAGCUGAGAGGUCCAUUCAACCACAAAGCGAGAGAGGCAGCUGGACUUCCUCAAUCUUGGUACGACACCGCUAUGGAUACAAAACUGGAGCAAAAACCUCUGUCACCUCAGGUACGCUCUCGCCAAACUCGCUCUAAAAGCUUCGUACUUUGCUUUUACACAGGCCGGGACCAUCUCUUCCUGCCUUCCCGAGGUUUGCUCGAGAUUGGCAAUUGUUGUGUCUUCCGAGAGCGACAAUCUCCUCUAGAAAAGCUCGUUUUAAGAUCCGAUCCGAUCCAAUCCAGCCCAGAGCCCUCAAAAAUCCCGCGCUGCCGCUGCUGCCGCCGCUAGAAGAAAAUUUUACACCAACUUUCAUAAGGGAACGCGGCUACCUUAUCUACCGUGCGAAUAUCCCGCCGCAUAUUCAGCCAUUUAAAGCAUC